UGGCACAGACUUACUCAGUCAGGGUUGAGUCACUUCUCACACAGCGUCUAACACACAACACAGGUUAAAAUGUGAUGUGAGAAGUCAAACUGGCAGAGGAGUGGAAUCUGACCUCCCAUCUCAAGCCUGUCACCAUGAUUUGGAAAUUGAUUCAUUUUAGUGUUCUCCUCCUCGGAGCACUCACAUCCCCAACUUCAUCUUCGCCCACCACCACCGCUAACACUGACGGAGGACCCUGUCACAUCGACAACUCCGGCCGCUCCGCAGACUGUCUGGGAAGACAGCUCGACAGUGUCCCGUGGAGACAAUUUCCAUCCACACUGGAGAACAUAGAUCUCUCCUACAAUAAACUUCAAGCUGUUCACGCUGACGACUUCCUCCGCCUCCCUCGGCUUCAUGUUCUUAAGCUGCAGUACAAUAACAUUUCACACAUUGACAAUGAUGCCUUUAAAAACAACACGCUGCUCGAGUAUCUUAACAUCUUCAAUAACUCCCUGCAGGAAAUUCCUGCCACUGCUCUGACUCCUCUUUUUAAUCUGAAAGAGCUCUACAUGUCCAAUAACCUUUACAGACAUGCCACUUUGGAUGAGAGCUUCUCAAGAUUUGGCAAACUCCAGGUUCUGUCUAUGGGGGGCCCUCUGGUGGCGGGUCUGAGGAAAGCUGAUUUUCAGGCCCUGAAGAACAUCCAGUUACAAGGCUUUGCUAUCAAAUGUUCCUCCAAUCUGAGUUAUUACGAGCCCGGAAGUUUAAAGGUCAUCCAGACAAAGCAGAUGGGCUUUGAUGUGGCCAUAGAUCAACAGCCAAACGCUCUCCCUCACAUGCUACGUGACCUCGCCAGCAAGACCUUUAGCGUCAUCCAGUUCCGCAACCUCUUUGAGUUCAUGUACUACAUGGGAAAAGAGGACAUUUUCCAGGGUUUAAAAGACAUCACAGCCCAUCAGCUCAUCUUUCACAGAGGAAAAUACAAUGAGAAUCUCAUGAGGAUGGCUUUAGUGAACUUACAAGUCGCCCCGAUCAAAAGGUUGAGACUUCAGUACAUCGACUUCGCCCGGUCACCCACAUUUGUUGAUAGCGGAGCAGGUUCCAGCAUCACAGAGCUCGCACUGGAUAAGUUGGAUCUUUGGUAUAUCAGCAAUCCUGACGUGCUGAGAUUCGACUGGCGCUUCACCUGGUUCAACAAGAUUAAGGAACUGUCUAUUCAGCAUGUCUACUUCAACUCGGUGCCUUGUGAUGCCUGGGUGGAGAUGGCAGGUGUAGAGUCUCUAGAUGUCUCCAACAACCGGCUACAGAACGAGUACAUCUUCAACCAGCGGUGCGAUUACAGGGGCGCCAUGCCAAAUCUUCACACCUUCAAAAUGAGCACCAAUGACUUGACCAGCUUAAAAGACUUGUCGUCUCUAACUAGGGAGUUCCAGCAGCUGCAGGUGUUGGAUUUUAGCAACAACAAACUGGGAUCUGCUGAAACUAGUCAGGGCUGCGUUUGGCAGAAAAAUAUCACUCGGCUCAUCGCUCACCACAAUGAGUUUGUAAGUGUAGCCCUGCAUUGUCUGCCCACCACAGUGCACUACCUGGACCUGUCCUACUGCAACCUGGACCAGCUGGACAUGACGUACUUUGAGAAAGCCACCAACCUGAAGGAGCUCCUGCUGAGUGGGAAUAAAAUCAAGUUCAUCCCAUCUAAGUGGACGAGUCCAUCCCUGCAGUCACUGGCUUUGGAUGGAAAUUCAUUUGGUCUGAUUAGCAAAGCUUCCUUCCAGGACAUGCCUCAGCUGUCCUACCUGAUGGCAGGGAACAAUCCCUACCACUGCACUUGUGAGCUCCAUGCUUUCAUCGAGGACACGAUCUCAAAGGGGAAGGUGAACCUCACAGACUGGCCUCAGAACUACAGGUGUUACCACCCAGAGGCCCUGCUCAACACUGUCGUAUCCAAAUUCCUCCCAGGUCAGGUGGCGUGUGAUAUCAGACUGGUGAUCAUCAUCUGUGUCGCAACCACCACAGCUGUGAUCUUGAUACUGAUGCUGAUUUGCUAUAUUUUUGACCUCCCGUGGUACACUAAAGCCACCUAUCAGAUCAUCAGGGCCAAGUACAGAGCUCACAAGGAGAAGGCGACAGGGGAACUGGGGGCUUUUGCUUAUCAUGCCUUCAUAUCCUACAGCCACUGUGAUGCAGACUGGGUGAGGGACCAGCUCCUGCCCUGUUUGGAGAACAACAGGAACCCCUAUCGUCUGUGUAUUCAUGAGAGGGACUUCAUGCCAGGAAGGUGGAUCAUCGAUAACAUCAUUGAAAACAUCGAAAACAGUCGAAAGGUAAUAUUUGUCCUCUCCCGGCACUUUGUUAACAGCGAGUGGUGCAACUAUGAGCUGUACUUUGCUCAGCAGAGAGCGAUGGGAAAGACCUUCAGUGACGUCAUCCUCGUGGUGAAGGAGCCCAUUGAUCCCAGCUCUUUGCCCAGUAAGUACUGCAAGCUCAAGAAGAUGCUGAGCACCAAGACGUACCUGGAGUGGCCCCAGCAGGCCAACCAGCAGGCGUUUUUCUGGGAGCAGCUGAGAAGUGUCCUGGGCAAGCCUGCAGCAACCCAAAGGGGGAGGUUCAGUGUGAAGAGCAGAACCUCAUCUGUGGGAGGUGUUUCUGUGAUUGGGCCCCCUGUGGAGGACAGGAGGCCAGAGGUGGGGGACACUAAUGCAGACAAAGAAGCAGCACUCGAGAACAAAAUCAUUAAGAGGGAUAACGAUGAGCUGUUGAACCAGAGACAAAUCCCUAUGGUGGCAUUUUGACCAAAAGGUUAGGAAAAAAAAGAUCCAUUUCUUCAGUAUUGCCUCAAAGUCUGAACUCAGUUAACCUUUUGUGUGUGGGUUAUGCCAAAGCUGGGAGCAAAAGCCAACGUCUCAUUAUGAUGACAAAACAUGAUCCCCCGCCUGCCUGUGGCAUUCUGUCAUGUUAUCCCCAAAGGGGCGAGCUGAUGCCCUCUGCUCCGCUCUCCCUCUGAGCGUCUCAGGCUGGGUGCCCAGCUGACAGCCGCUGAAAGGCCAGAAACUCAACGGCUCAAAUGAGAUCUCCCAUGUUGCACUCUGGAUAACAAGCGAGGUGCCAGGAAGAUGUGGUGACAAGGGCCACAUUGUGAAAGGGCCGUGCUCUGUUACACGCUCGGCCCUCAGAGAUAUCAGAUCAUAAGUGUUCCAACUCUGAUGUUCCAGAGCCGAGUCAAAGGCCACACGGGAUAUACGAUACCAACACUUCACAGGAAUACAAUGUGUUUGGGGAAUUGGAAAGAUAAAAUCUAAAUCAACAGCGAACUUUGGAUUCAGCACUCAAUGCUAGCUCUUGAGUAUUCACACUUUUUCUUUUUCUUUUAUUUAACCAGAAGGGUCCUACUGAGGAACAACAUCUCCUCUGCCAGCAAGUCCUGGUCAAGAUGGGCAGCAAAUAAAACGCUUACAAAUACAAGAACAAACAUACAAAACACAGCAGACACAAAACAUACAGGAAUCAAGGGCUUUAACAGGAAUCAUGGAAAACGGUGAUGCUUGAUCAAAGCAAUGAUUUUGUUCCUUAAACGUGCAAUAUGUAAUUUUCUGCUGCUAGGGGUCUCAAACCAAAACAAUAACAGAAGACGGAGUUGGAUGACGUCACGAAGUAGCGUGGGAUCAUGGGAGUUGUAGUCAUAUAACAGAUACAGAUCUUAGUUAGCUGUACAGUUAGCGAUGGCUUCUCCCUCUCUGCUGCUCUCUCUUGCUCAGUGCGUCUUAUGUUUAGCUAUUCCUCUGCCUCUUUUAUAAAUGCAGUUCAUUUACCAGCAUCAGCUCAGCAUUAUAGAAACCUAUCGUUAGAUGUUGUGGUUAGCCAGCCUCCGCUCCACACCGCACCGC